GACCGCAAAGUUCAAUUCCCUCAGUGUCUCAAAUCCAUCUAAAUAUAAUAUUAUUUCUCUUCCAAAUUCCAUCAUGGCUAAAGUUAAGGUUGGCACCCUCUUCAUGGUACUUCUCCUCGUACUGUUCUCAACACUAAUCCACGCCGCCCGUCCAGAACCAGCUUUUCCCAACCAUUCUCCUACAAAAACCCAACUGGUAGAUGUAGCGGGAGAUGACUGCCAAGGAGGCUCAGAUGAAGAGUGCUUGAUGAGAAGAACUCUUGUUGCUCAUACUGAUUACAUCUAUACCCAGAAGCAGCAUCCUUGAGAUUUUCUUAUUUUACAAUUUAGUUUUAUUACAGUAACUAUGCAUAAGUCAGUCAGUCUGUCACUCUGUUGGCUUCGCUAUAUAGCGUGGCUUAUUUCAUCCCAGUCUGGGAUACAACGGAUCACUGAUUUAUCUACGUCUGUUACUUCUUCACUCUGUUUAUCAAGUAAAGUUAUGAAGUUUGAACUUA